AACUAAUGGGCUGCAUGCGUGAAAAGCCCAACGUGAUGUCCCCUCCCCCAUCUUUCUCUCUCCCACUCUUGUUCAAAGGUGGAUGAUCCUGCUCUUCAAAAGGGGAGAGAAACACUUGAACAGCUAUCGUAUUCCAGCUUCAAUCAGUUGAAGCUACGGCAGCCAUUUCUUCAUCCGAAGCUGAUGUACAAAUAGGGAAAUUUGCAAGAGACAACGUUUUUUUUAAUCAGUAGAGCUGUUAUCAAUAAUAAAACAUCAGAUAAUAGUAAGAGGGGUUGUUUUUUUUUGGGAAAUUUUGGUGAAGUUUCAGAUGAAUGAAUCAAGUGGACCUAUUCUUAAAUGAUCGUUGACUUGUAGCCUGGGGGUGGAGAAAAGUCAGAUGAAAUAGGGAAGAAAAUACAAGGAAUUGAUGACCAGCCAACCCUUGUCAACUCUUCCCUUGAAAAUUUCCAUAAAGUUCCGUUGAUAAUCAUCAUCAUCAUCCGUGCAAAUUCUGCUAAGAAGCACUAUCAUUUGCCCAUGGAUACCUCAAAGCAAGUAGUUUUAAUCUGGGAUCUGCCAGUACUGACUAUAAUUGUCAUACUCGCCAUCAUCAUCCAUUUCGUUUCCAAGAAGAAGCACAUGCCUUCUAAAAAUACUACUAGUAGUCUCCAUUUAGCUGACCCUUUUUGUUCCUCCUCUUCUUCAUCUCCGCCAACUUGGGAUGUCUUCUUGAGCUUUCACGGUAAGGACACUCGCAGUAACUUCAUUUCACAUCUUUACCAUGCUCUGUGUCAAGCUGGGAUUCAAACCUUUAUAGAUGAUCAUGCACUUGAGAAGGGCCAGGAAAUUUCAUCCACUCUGCUUGACGCAAUUAGAAAAUCAAAUAUGUUUAUCAUUGUUCUCUCGGAGAACUAUGCUAGUUCGCGGUGGUGCCUUGACGAACUUGCAGAGAUCCUCAGUUGCAAGAGAACAGAAAAACAGGUUGUUCCUGUAUUUUACUAUGUUGAUCCAUCAGAUGUUAGGCACCAGAAAGGGAGUUUUGGGAAAGCGCUUGAUCGUCAUAUGAAGCGUUAUUCCAAUAAUAUGAUUGUGAAGUGGAAAUCAGCUCUUUUUGAAAUAGCUAAGCUUUCAGGACACCAUCUCAGAAGCGAAGCAAAUGAGAAAGAAUCAGCGACCAUUCAAGACAUUGUAGGGAAUGUGGCACCACGAGCAACCACGAAAGCAUUACACGUAGAGAAAUAUCUAUUCGGGAUAGAAUCUGCUGUUGAAGAGAUAUAUCAAAAGCUAAGAUUGGAGUCUGAUGAUGUACGAGCCAUUGGUCUAUGUGGGAUGGGCGGAAUUGGAAAGACUACAAUUGCUAAAGCUUUCUACAACUUGUAUUUUAACAAAUUUGAUAUUAGCUGCUUUAGUGUAAGUGUUGAACAGUAUUCACAAGGAGGUAGUCCUCUACUUCAAUUAAUUCAGCAGCUGUUGAUUAAUCUUCUCAGAAAGAAUGAUUACAAGGUUCCUGAUGUUGAAAGUGGAAUAAGAAAAUUGAAACACAUUCUUCAUUCCAAGAAAGCUCUCAUCGUCCUGGAUGAUUUGGACUGUGCAAACUGUUCAGAAUUGCUUGCAAACAUCGGCAACUUGUUUUCAGCUGGAAGUAAAAUAAUUAUUACUACGAGAGAUGCAAAUCUACUAUAUAGAUUAAAGGCGGAUAUAUCAGAAGUUGAUACAUACAAGGUGAAGACACUAGGACUGACAGAGUCAUUGGAGCUCUUCAAUUAUCAUGCAUUUAGAAAUACAGUGUCGCCUGAAAGUUUCAAGGAGCUCUGUCUAAGCUUUGUAACUCAUGCUGGCGGUCUUCCAUUAGCUCUUAAGGUGUUGGGUUCAUCUUUGCUUGGGAAGACUGAUGAGUCAUUCUGGAAAGACAAGCUUGAAAACGUUAAAGCAAUUCCAGAGAAUAAUAUUCAGAAAAUCCUUCAACUGAGCUACGAUGGAUUAGAUGAUGAGAUGCAGAAGGCAAUUUUUCUUGAUAUUGCUUUUUUCUUCGUCGGAAAGGACAAAGAUGAAGCUGCUGAUGUAUUCAAAUCUUGUGGUUUCUUUCCGGGUGUUGGAAUACCGAAUCUGGUUGACAGAUGUCUAUUGACGGUUGAUAAAGAUAAUAAAUUGCAGAUGCAUAAUCUUAUACAAGACAUGGGAAGGGAACUUGGGAAGACCACACGCACACGCCUGUUCUUUCGAGGAAAUGAGUGCAAACGCUUGUUCUUGAGAGGAAAUGAUUGCAAGGAUUCCCAAUAUCUAGAGCAGGAGGGCUGUAAUAUUGAAGGACUCGUCUUAGAUCUGACAACUUCCACAGAUGGAGAGAUGACUACCUUAUUGUUUGAAAGAAUGUCAAAUUUACGAUUACUUCAAAUACUUGGGCCACAUGAUAUUAAAGGAAACUUUACAAAUUUAUUUCCUAAUUUGAGGUGUAUUAGAUGGCAUUCCUCUCCGUGGACGCAUAUACCUUCUGUAUUUUGUCCAAAACAUCUCAUCUCCAUUGAUAUGCCGUCGAGUAAAUUCAAGGUGUUGUGGAAGGUUCCCAUGCCUCUUAAACAAUUAAGUAGUCUCGGUUGUUUGUAUCUGAGUCAAUGCGGCGACUUAAAACAGCUACCAGAUCAGUUGGGUGAAAUUAAAGGAUUAAAGAUGAUUGAUGUGAGUUAUACUGCAAUUGAGAAACUGCCCGAUUCUGUAACUCAUCUCAAGAAAUUGAUUCAGUUGAAUUUGAGAUCUUGCAAGAAGCUUGCAAACUUACCUGAGCAAUUGGGUGAUAUGAAAGCCCUAAGGGAACUUGAUGCAGGUUCUUCUGCAAUUGAGAAACUGCCAGAUUCAAUUACUCAACUCAAGGAAUUGUUUAAGUUGUCCUUGUUCGGUUGCAAGAAUCUUAGAAAUAUACCUGAGCAAAUUGGGAAUAUCGAAAGCUUAAGGACAUUUGAUGCCGGUGGUACUGCAAUUGAACAAUUACCAGAUUCAUUUGGAGGCCUCGUUAAUUUGGAGAGACUGGAAUUGGAUUGGUGCAAAAGCCUCAAAAAUCUUCCAAAUAACAUAUGGAAGCUCAAAUUGCUUAAACAACUAUACCUGGGAAAGUGUCCAAAGCUGGAGCGACUGCCUGAGCAAUUGGGGAAAAUGCAAUGCUUAGAGAGUCUGAGUGCAGAUGGAACAGCAAUUAAAGAAGUACCAGAUUCUAUUCGACUGCUGAGUAGGUUACAAGUGUUGAAUUUGGGUAAUUGCAAGAAGCUUGAAUAUGUGCCUGAAAGUAUCUGGAAUCUUACCUCAGUUGAAAGAUUAGACCUUGAGGCAGGGAAUAUGGGUAUUGUCAGUAUACCUAAAUCAGUAGAAAAAUUGAACAAGUUAACAUCUCUGGACUUGAGUUGUAAUGUGAGAUUAUGCCUGCCUAUGAUUCUGCGUUUCCCUUCUUUGCAAGAGUUAACUCUUACUGAUGAGGGGCAGAUUCUCUCCUCGGCAGAACCAGUAAGCCUUUCUGGACUUUUAAACCUACAAGAACUUACAAUGAAUAAAUGUACAAGUCUCGGGUCCUCCCUUCCUGAACUUCCUUUGAAUCUAAAGGGGUUAUACUUGUGUGAUCACAGCUCACUAGAACAACUUCCUGAUUUAUCGAGCUUAAAACUGUUGAAAAGAUUGUUUAUAGAGAGAUGCAGCAGCCUUCAAUCAAUCUCGUUACUUCCUCCUCUUCUUCGAACACUUUCAGUUGAAGAAUGCACAAGUCUGCAAGAUCUACCAGAUCUGUCAUUGUUGAAGAAAUUGGUAAAUUUGAGAUUUGUUCGGUGUAAUAAUCUGAAAUCAAUAAGUUUGAAACAGAGUAUCCUUCAGGGAAGACCGUCGUGCCUCCCAUUUUAUGCUUAUCUUCCAAACAGGGAGGUUGCGGAAUGGUUCGACUUUAAAAGCAGUGGGCAUGCAGUCUCUUUUGAUAUCCCACCAUGCUCCGGAUCAAACUUGUUAGGUCUUGCACUCUGGCUUGUGUUUACGUGCAAACCCACUCAUCUGGAUUAUCCCUACAUGAGAGCUAUUAUUACGAAUAUCACGGAAGGUACAACAGAGAACUAUCCGAUCUUCCUGGAACAUCUUGUAGUUGGUGAAACACAGUCAAGAAUAGAAUGCAUUACGCCAGACAAAAUCUCAAUCAGAAGUGGAGACAAAAUUAAGGUUUCAAUUCGAAGCAAAACGUAUCUUGAUCAUGAAUUCAAAAAGCGUAUCGGAGAAGUGAAGAUCAACAUGUUUGGAGUCCACUUGGCACAAGAUGGACCCAAAACAAAUUCUGCUAAGAAACACUAUCCUCUUCCAAUGGAUAUCUCAAAGGAAGUAGUCUUUAUUUGGGCUCUCCCCGUACUCACUGUACUUGUCAUUCUCGCCAUCAUUAUCCUUAUCGUUUCUGUUAAGAAGCAUUGUCCUUCUGCAGAUACCACUAGUGAUAUCCAGUUAACUGACUCUUCUUGUUCCUCCUCUUCUUCAUCUCCACCUACUUGGGAUGUCUUCUUGAGCUUUCACGGUAAGGACACUCGUAGUAACUUUACUUCACAUCUUUACCAUGCUUUGUGUCAAGCUGGGAUUCAAACCUUCAUAGAUGAUCAUGCACUUGAGAAGGGCCAGGAAAUUUCAUCCACUCUUCUUGACGCUAUUAGAAAUUCAGAUAUGUUUAUCGUUGUUCUCUCAGAGAACUAUGCUGGUUCGCGAUGGUGCCUUGACGAACUUGCAGAGAUCCUCAGUUGCAAGAGAACAGAAAAACAGGUUGUUCCUGUAUUUUACUAUGUUGAUCCAUCAGAUGUUGGGCACCAGAAAGGGAGUUUUGGGAAAGCUUUUGAUUGUCAUAAGAAGCGUUAUUCUGUUGAUAAGAUUAAGAAGUGGAAAUCAGCUCUAUCUGAAAUUGCUAAGCUUUCAGGACACCAUCUCAGAAAAGAAGCCAAUGAGAGAGAAUCAGAGACCAUUCAAAAAAUUGUAGGGGAUGUGGCGCCACAAGCAUCUACCAAAGCAUUACACCUAGAGAAAUAUCUAUUCGGGAUAGAAUCUGCCGUAGAAGAGAUAUAUCAAAAGCUAAGAUUGGAGUCUAAUGAUGUACGUGCCAUUGGUGUAUGUGGGAUGGGCGGAAUUGGGAAGACUACAAUUGCUAAAGCUUUCUACAACUUAUAUUUUAACCAAUUUGAUAUUAGCUGCUUUAGUGCAAGUGUUAAACAGUAUUCACCAGGAGGCAGUACUUUACUUCAAUUACUUCAGCAAUUAUUGAUUGAUCUUCUCAGAAACAAUGAUUAUAAGGUUCCUGAUGUUGAAAGUGGAAUAAGAAAACUGAAACGCAUUCUUCAUUCCAAGAAAGCUCUCAUCGUUCUGGAUGAUUUGGACUGUUUAAACUAUUCAGAAUUGCUUGCAAACAUUGGCAACUUGUUUUCAGCUGGAAGUAAAAUAGUUAUUACGACGAGAGAUGCAAAUCUACUAGAUAGAUUAAAGGCUGAUAUAUCAGAAGUUGAUACAUAUAUGGUGAAAACACUAGGACAAAUCGAGUCAUUGAAGCUCUUCAGUUAUCAUGCGUUUAGAAAUACAGUGCCGCCUGAAAGUUUCAAGGAGCUCUCUCUAUGUUUUGCAACUCAUGCUGGCGGUCUUCCAUUAGCUCUUAAGGUGCUAGGUUCAUCUUUAUUUGGUAGAACACAUGAGUCAUUCUGGAAAGACAAGCUUGAAAAAGUUAAAGCAAUGCCGGAGGAUAAUAUACAGAAAAUCCUUCAACUGAGCUACGACGAAUUAAAGGAUGAGACGGAGAAGGCAAUAUUUCUUGAUAUUGCAUUCUUCUUCAUCGGAAAGGACAAAGAUGAGGCUUUUGAUGUAUUCAAAUCUUGUGGAUUCUUUCCAGGUGUUGGAAUACCAAAUCUGGUUGACAGAUGUUUAUUGACAGUUGAUAAAGAUAAUAAGUUUGAGAUGCAUAAUCUUAUACAAGACAUGGGAAGGAAACUUGGGAAGACCACACGCACACGCUUGUUCUUGCGAGGAAAUGAACGUAAACGCUUGUUCUUGAGAGGAAAUGAUUGCAAGGAUUCCCAAAAUCUAGAGCAGGAGGGCUAUAGUAUUGAAGGACUCGUCUUAGAUUUGACAACUUUUACAGAUGAAGAAAUGACUACCUUAUUGUUCGAAAGAAUGUCAAAUUUACGAUUACUUCAAAUACUCGGUGCACAUGAUAUUAAAGGAAAUUUUACAAAUUUACUUCCUAAUUUGAGGUGUAUUAGAUGGCAUUCCUGUCCGUGGAUGCAUAUACCUUCGACAUUUCGUCCAAAAAAUCUAAUCUCGAUUGAUAUGCCGUCGAGUAAAUUCAAGGUGUUGUGGAAGAGUCCCAUGCCUUUCAAACAAUUUAAUAGUCUGGGUUGUUUGUAUCUGAGCAAAUGCGGUGACUUGAAACGACUACCAGAGCAGUUGGGUGAAAUGAAAGGACUAAAGAUGAUUGAUGUGAGUUGUACUGCAAUUGAGAAACUGCCAGAUUCAGUAACUUAUCUCAAGAAAUUGAUUCAGCUGAAUUUGAGAUUUUGCAAGAAGCUUACAAAGUUGCCUGAGCAAUUGGGUGAUAUGAAAGGCUUAAAGGAACUUGAAGCAGGUUUUUCUGCAAUUACACGAUUGCCAGAUUCAAUUACUCAGCUGAAGGAAUUGUUUGGGUUGGACUUGUAUGGUUGCAAGAAGCUUAGAAAUAUUCCUGAGCAUAUUGGGAAUCUGGAAAACCUGAGGAGAUUUGGUGCAGGUAAUACUGCAAUUGAACAAUUACCAGAUUCAUUUGUAGGCCUCAUUAAUUUGGAGACACUUAAUUUGAAUUGGUGCAAAAACCUUAGAAAUCUUCCAGAUAGCAUAUGGAAGCUCAAAUUGCUUAAACAACUAUACCUGGGAGAGUGUCGAAAGCUGGAGCGACUGCCUGAGCAAUUGGGGGAAAUGCAAUGUUUAGAACAUCUGGAUGCACAUGGCACAUCAAUUAAACAAGUCCCAGAUUCUAUUCGAUUGCUGAGUAGGUUACAAGUGUUGAAUUUGGGUAAUUGCAAGAAGCUUGAAUAUGUGCCUAAAAGUAUCUGGAAUCUUACCUCAGUUGGAAGAUUACACCUUGAAGCAGGGGAUAUAGGUUUUCUCAGUUUACCUGAUUCCGUAGAAAAAUUAAACAAGUUAACAACUCUGCAUCUGAAUUGUAAUGUAAGAUUAUGCCUGCCUAUGAUUCUACGUUUCCCUUCUUUGGAAAAGUUAUUUCUUACUGAAGAGGGACAGAUUCUCUCUUCGGCAGAACCAGUAAGCCUUUCUCACCUUUUAAACCUACGUGUACUUGCAUUGAAUAAAUGUACAAGUCUCGGGUCCUCCCUUCCUGAACUUCCUUUGAAUCUAGAAGGGUUCCACUUAUGUGACCACAGCUCACUAGAACAACUACCUGAUCUAUCGAGCUUACAACUGUUGGAAAGAUUGGAUAUACAGAGAUGCAUCAGCCUUAAAUCAAUCUCGUUACUUCCUCGUCAUCUUCUAUCACUUUCAGUUGAAGAAUGCACAAGCCUACAAGAUCUACCAGAUCUGUCAAUGUUGAAGGAAUUGGAAUAUUUGAGGUUUACUCGGUGCAGCAAUCUGAAAUCUAUAACUCUGAAACAGAGUAUCCUUCAGGGAGCACGCUACUAUCUAUUUACAUCUCAUCUACCAAACAGGGAGGUUGCAGAAUGGUUUGACUAUAGAAGCAGUGGGCAUACAGUCUCUUUCGAUAUCCCACCAAGCUCUGGUUCGAACUUCUUAGGUCUUGCAAUCUGGCUUGUGUAUACCUGCGAACCCACUCAUGUGGAUUCAACAUACAUAACAGCUGUUAUUUCGAAUAAAACGGAAAGUAUAACAGCAAACUGUCGAAUCCAUUUACAUCCUGUAGGUGGUGAAGCAGAGUCUAGCGUACAAUGCAUUAGAGGAGAGAAGAUACCAGUGAAAAGUGGAGACAGAGUAAAGGUUACUUUUGGAAGCUUAAUGUAUUGUUGUUUCAAUUUUAAAGAUGAUGAUGUUCUCGUCGGAGAAGUGAAGGUCAAGAUGUGCGGAGUCCAUGUGAUACAAGAUUGACCCUCACCUUCUGUUCAUACAUAUCUUUUUUUUCUUGUGCCUUAUUUUCCAACAGACUGACGGUGCUUUACGGUAUACCAAGUCAGUCAAUAUGGUAAUUACUUAAAAUAAGGUGAGAAUUUUUUAUUUUA